AUGAAGAAGCAUCCACCGCCCUGUUUUAAUAACACCUGGACCCCGAUGGAGGAACAGACGAAAGAGGAGCUGUAUGGAGUCUUCAGAUGUCCCUAUAGUAAAGUCUUUCUGUAUUGGUGGUUCGUCGACUUGGAAUUUACAUUCGAAAGUCGAGCCACUUGCACUGGCCCUGCGAGCCAAGGUCUGGGGUCAGUGGGGAAGCUUAAGUGCAUAUUAACCGGCAAUGCUGGCCGUUACGCAAACAUUAAAAAGGCGUCUAUAACGUUAAGAAGAGGAGAUGUUGUCCUCGGCUCGAAAGACUUUUUCCAUAAGCUUGAGAGGAAUGAAAACAUGUUCAUAAUUAUUGAUGCCGAAGCUCCGGCAGCUUUCGAUAAAGUCAAGGAUAAUAUCUCUUGCGAAGUCUUCGUCUUGAAAGUCGUCGACGGGUUGAAUUUCACAUUCACAAAAACUACCUACACGAAAUUAAUAUAUUUUUGUUAG